GUUACUCAUAACCAGCUCGUGAACGGACGACUUUCCGGCAAGUUAUUCUUCAUACAAUAACCUUUCAGACAAAGAAACACAAUGUCUCGUCGACUUACAAAGCGACAUCUGACGCCAGCGGACGAAUAUCAAUGUCCUUUGCCUGCGGAAACGCAAGCCAUUGCUGAGGAGCAGCUGAGAGAAACAGAAAACGCCAGAUCGCAAGCCCUUGAAGCCCUAAGAAACUGGUUGGAACAACAUCCAAAAUUUAUGGCUAUCAGAAUGGAUUCAAAUUUCCUGCUACGUUUUCUGCGCACAAAGAAGUUUAGCGUGCCCAUGGUUCAGGAGGCUAUCGAGCGUUACAUACUAUUGCGACAGUCGUGGGGUAUCGCAUUCAAUCAACUAGAUUACAAACUACCUGUUAUGAUGGAACUUAUCGACCUUGGGUACAUUUUUGUCAGCCCCUUCAAAGAUAAGCUUGGACGACGUGUCGUAAUUUAUAGACCAGGAGUAUUCGAUCCCUAUAAAUACACAAAUCAAGAUAUGUGUAGAGUGAUGGGAAUUUGUUAUGAGACCCUCAUGGAAGACGAGGAAUGCCAGGUCAGGGGUGUAGUUCACUACGCUGACGGAGCUGGAGUCAGUUUUCCACAUCUUACUCUCUUCACUCCGAAAGAGGCUGUACGGAUAGUAAAAAAUGGAGAGAAAACUAUACCGAUGCGGCACAAAGAAAUUUACGGCGUCAAUGUACACCCGACCAUAAAGUUUGCUCUUGACUUUGGAAUGGCUUUAAUAUCAGAGAAAAUACGAAAGCGUGUGAAACUGUACACUGCUGUUAAGGAUGUUGAAAUUGAUAAGAGUCUCCUACCGUCGGAGUACGGUGGUACUAUGCCGAUGAAGGAAAUGAUUGAGUUAUGGAAAGUAGAGCUAGCCAGUAAGAGAGACAUUCUACUUCUAAACGACAAAAUGGCCGUACGUCUAGAAAUGUACAGCGAAGCGGCACGAGAGGGCGCCAUAUCCGCUCUACGCGCGGGUGCGAACAGUUGCGCUGGCGCUGAUGCUGUCGGAGACGCUAUGCGAGGCCUAACAGGAAACUUUAGAAAACUUGAAGUCGACUAAAUUAAUUACAUAAUAAAUCUUCGAAUGUUAAGACUAUAUAAGUCAGUAAUGCAGUAGCGUUUUAAGGACUCUAAAUAUAGGGCCGUAUUACUAUUAGUGUCCAAAACAUGACAAGAUAACUCGUCCGUGCGUUGUAAAAUACAUCUUAAGGUGUAACGAUAAGGUCGCCAUUUCACUAAUGGAAUAUCAAAUCAGCUCGGAGCUAUCGGUAGGUUUAUAUAUUUCUCUACUUGGUUUGAAUAGAUGCUAUAUUAGUAUGUAACAUUAGUUAUAUGAUCACCAUUAUUAUUGUUGUUUGCGCUGAGAGAAAUCUUAUGUAACAAAUCUUUCGGAAACUGUCCAAUACAUACCUCUCAAAGCUAGGUUAACCAUAAUAUUGGGGGCAAUGGUUCGAAACCUAAUAUUCCAUUAUUCUUUUAACUGAACCACUAAACAUAUGUUCUACGAUAUAUAUGUAAAAUAAUAAGACUAAUAAUUUUAAGUUUGUAUUAAAUAAAAGUCGUUAUAGUUAUUUUGUUAUUUAUUGAAAACUCAUUACUU